AUGCCAAUCACCAGCGAUAUCAUCCUUGACAGCCUCAAGUUCCGCCACGAGAACGUGACGGAGCCAACAAAGCAAGCCGCGAAUCUCCUGGAAACCAUUACCACCAGCGGACCCCGAUGGUGGGAGGUCGGCGCCCAGAAGUACCGUGAGAUGCGGGAGCUUGGACAAACGCCCCUACCUAAACCCGUCUAUCUUUCAGCCGCUCUCGAUGGCACUGUUUCCUCUCGCGACGCUGGCCGCGAAGUUCCAAUCCGCAUAUAUAAGCCCGAUAAUGAUCAGCCAAGCAAGGGUGUCUUCCUACAUUACCAUGGGGGCGGCUUUGUGUUAGCAACACACAAACAGCAAGCCUCCGUCCUCCUUAACUCCGAUAGAAUGCUCCAAGAAUACGCCAACAAGUGCCAGCUUACGGCAAUUUCAGUGGGAUAUCGCCUGGGCCCGGAACAUCCUUAUCCAGCCCCGGUGCACGAUGCCAUCGACGCCGCCGAGUAUAUAGCUUCCCACGGGAUAGACGGUGUCGCCCUCCAUUUUAUCGCAGGGGAAUCGGCAUGCGCGUGUCUCGCCGUUCUGUCAGCUAUCCAACUUAUGCGAUCACGACCCUCUUACAAACUAUCAGAUCUUUAUGAAAGGCCUUUAUAG